UCUAGGUUGAGGUAAAUCACAGUGCAAUUCGUUUCCUUUUAUGAAGACAUGGAGCUGCUGGAAUAUGUGCCAGCCUCAAUUCCUACUCUGCUUCACCAGAUCCACUAAAAACUUUCAGACUACAUACUUUCUCUCUGUCUCAGUUCUUGUCUCAAACUACAAAACUUGAGAUUACAUUGUUACAUAUGGAGACAUUUCUGUCUGCCAUUCUAGGUGAUCUUGCCAGUAGAUCCAUAUCUUUCCUGAUCAACAAGUCCUCGAAACCGACAGCGCUAACCGUGGAGGAGAGACUGCAACGGCUGCUGCUCCGGGCCCGUAUCAUCCUGGAGGAGGCAGAUGAACGGCUCAUCACAAACCAAUCCAUGCUGCAGCAACUGAACAUACUAAGGAAGGAGAUGUACAGAGGAUAUUACACCCUUGACAGAUUCAGAUGCCAUGUCCAUGAAGCAGACCAUACCAAAGAUCACGAGGUGAGUAACCAUGUUAUACCAUCCAAGUUCAAUCCUGCCAAGCGCAUCCGGUUCUGCAGGGUCAGUGGCAAGAGUUUAGAAGAGCAGCUGCAGCAAGUUUUUGGCAGCCUUGAGGUCACCAUUGAAGAUAUGGGUGAGGUUGUCAUGUUCUUGAACAGUUGUCCCCGUUUGUGCCGUCAGCCAUAUAGCAUGCACUUGCUUCUAGACAAGUGCUUGUUGGGUCGCCAAAUGGAAAUGGAGCACAUCAUGAACUUCCUGCUCAAAGAAGAUAUUCCUGGUGAUGAAAAUACAGGAGUUCUGCCUAUCAUUGGCCCGUGGAGGGUUGGUAAGAGCACCCUGAUUGAGCAUGCCUGUGCCGAUGAAAGGGUGCGUAACCGCUUUUUUCAGAUUGUGCAUUUCAGUGACGAUGAUCUUGAGGAUGCAAAUAUGGUGACUCUGAGAGAUUGUGGUGUAAUCAAGCAUCAAAACCGUGGUACUGGUGAAGAAAGACUACUGAUUAUUAUCGAAUUGAGCAGGGACAUCGAUGAGGCUGCAUGGAGUAGAUUGUACUCAGCUUCCAAAAGGUGUGUUGCAAAAGGCAGUAAGAUUAUAGUCGCAAGCCGAUCUGAUAAGAUUGCGAGGUUUGGAACAACCCAAGCUCUUAGAGUAAAAUACUUAACUCAAGAAGCUUACUGGUACUUUUUCAAGGUUCGCACAUUUGGAAGCAUAGAUGCAGAGGAGCACCCAAAGUUGGCAUCGAUAGCCAUGGAUAUGGCCAGGGAGAUGAAUGGGUGCUUCAUGGGUUCAAGCAUGUACAGUGUACUUCUGAAAGCAAAUUUCAAUGUUAGGUUUUGGAGCAUGGCUCUGGCAGGAAUCAGAGAAUUCAAGCAGAAGAAUCUCUUAGGAUACGGUGCCAAUAUUGACUGUCCUUGGCACCCGGUUGAACCCACAUACAUUAGGAUGAUAAACAAUGUUUCCUCUGAAUAUCUUGUGGUUCUUGGCGACUAUCAGACAUGUUCUGUUCAGGACAUGGUAGAUUAUCACACAAACUUUCCUCAGAGUGAAGCUGCAGUUCCCAUGGUGAGUUUGCAAGAUUUUCUGUUUGGAAGUGUUAGACCUCAAGGAAAAUUCAAGGUUCUCGCGUCAAGAUCUCAUCUUCCACCUCACUACAACUACAUACUUAACUGUGAGGUAUGGACUUCACAUCAUCUGAUCACCAGGGAGGAGAGACCUCAGAAGCUUUGCACCUGACUAUCUCAGAUGUUGAUGUAUGAUGUAAUUAUCUGAAUCUGAAUCUAAAUCUGAGAAAUUUUCAAUUGUUUUUCACCCAGUGCAUGAGCAAAUGUGUUUACUUCAAGCUCCUAUGUAAAAUGUGCUGCUUUCAAGAGGCUUUCCUCAACGUUGCCCACGACGCACAUGCAAGACACGUGAGCUAGCAAACAAUUGUGGAUGUGGAAUGAAUAACGGCAAACUCGAUUAUAGACUAAAUGUUGAGCGACCAUAAUAGCAUAAUAGCAGGAAACACUUUUAAACUCUUGAGGGGAUGUCCUCUCAUUUGCUCAAACACCACUCAAAUAGUUAUUAAAAAAAUCUCAAAAAAUAACAUUCAUAUGACAUACAUAUAUCACUUUAAAAUA